UGGAAUGGGAGGAAAUCCUGACGCCAUUUGGCAGGUUCCUCCGCCCUUCGCUAUCAGCAUGGCACUGUCCAUCGAGAGAGGUUGGAAAUAGGCGAGUUGCCUCCCCACCCCCCAUCCCUCCCUGCUUCCCACCAGGCUGUUUUCAGCAAUGGGGAUGUGGCGGAAGGUAAUGCAAAGUAAAACCAAGUUCACCUCAGUCCGCUCUUACCAGUUUGUCCUGUUACUUAUAGCUGCCUUGGCCGUGUUUGCUUUUUACUACUUUGGAUCCAACCAUGAAAAUUUCUCCAGCACAACCAGGAGAAUGAAAGAAAGCCAGGCAGGGAAGGGUGCCCCGGGCGAUGCUCAACUGGUGGCGAAUCUCAGUGAGAGGAAGGCGGCAGAAUCCCCGCAAAGUGCCGCUGCAGUUAACGGGCAGUCCGACGGGACGGUACACUUGCACGCCCUCAUGAUGUUCACCAAAGUGGAUAAAAACUAUGCUCUACAAGAAAAAUUUACGGUUGCAAUUAAGUCCAUGAUAAAACACGCGGUACUCAAGGAUAAAGAGGUGCUCCAUUUGCAUUUUGUUAGUGAUGCACCCAGCCGCAACGUAGGAGAACCGCUUCUCCUAAAGCUGCUGCAAGUCGCUGCCUUCAAGUACCAGGUUUCAUUCCAUGAUGUUGAUGCCAUGACUCAGAAGUUAUUCCCUGUUGUUGAAGCAAUGCAGAAUCUCUUCAGUGCUGGCUCUGGCGCUUAUUACAGUGAUUCCAUUUUCUUCCUGUCAGUUGCUAUGCACAGAAUCAUGCCAACAGAGAUGACGCAUAUUGUGCAGCUGGACCUGGACUUGAAGUACAUGUCUAACAUCAGGGACCUGUUUGAAGAGUUUGACAAGUUCCAGUCGGGCGCUGUAAUAGGUAUUGCCAGAGAAAUGCAGCCUGUUUACAGGCACACCUUCUGGCAGUACCGCCAAGAAAACUCCAGAACUAAGGUCGGUGAUCCUCCACCAGAUGGUCUCCCUGGUUUCAAUAGUGGAGUCAUGCUCUUAAAUCUAGAAGCCAUGCGUCAGUCAGAUCUUUACAAUCAGCUUCUGGAUGCAGUGAAGGUAAGGAAACUUGCAGAAAAGUAUCACUUUAAGGGCCACCUCGGCGACCAGGACUUCUUCACAUUGAUCGGAAUGGAGCACGCAGAACUCUUUCACAUUCUGGACUGUACGAACAACAGACAGCUCUGUACCUGGUGGCGGGAUCAUGGAUAUGCUGAUGUCUUUGAUCUGUACUUCAGAUGCGAUGGAAAAGUGAAAAUAUACCACGGAAACUGUAAUACUCCAAUCCCAGAUAAUUAAAUAAACUAUUUUGGAGUUUGUAUACCAAUGGUUCAAAAGGCACAUUCCUUUGGCUGGAAAAAUAUGCUCAUUUUUUAAAACUGUUCUUUCAUUUUGAGAUUUCUGUUUUUAGUGUAGAUUUGUUUUGCCUUCUGAUCCCUGCCAUGUGGUAAAUGACAACCAUCAAAAUAAUUAAUCUAUAGUGAGGAAAACUACAUGAUUGAAUUGUAAUACAUCCUGGAAUACCAACAUUGUCAUUAAACUUGUCGCUGUUUUCAGAAAUAGACAUGCCUAUAACUUUUAUAUACAAAUCAGUAUUCUAUUUGUAAAGCAUUAACCUGAAAUGGUGGAAAUCUGAAAUAGAAACAGAAUAUUCUGGAUAUACUCAGCAGGUCAGGCAACAUCUUAAUAAUCAUUCUUUGUCUGUUUCCACAGAGGCUGCCUUUUCUUCUGAGUACUUCCAAGCAAUUUUCUCUUUUAUGCUGAUAUUUUGUUAGUCUACUGUUGUUUUAACUUUGUUAAGGGCUUGAUCAAGGGGAAUCCUUAAAAAGCCUCCACUACUUCCCCAUGCUUGUUCCUAUUGUGUCAUUCAUGCAAAUAUAUUUUAAAGCUCUGUCUCUCAUUGCCUUUUAUCAGAUGUAAUGGUUCUUUAUGCUAUUGCAUAUCCUGCAAGAAAUGUCUUUUCUUGCUGGCAGCUGGAUUUGAACUUUGCACCAUAUCUGAAGCUUUAAACAAGAAAGAAUCUGAAUGCUCUUGACAGCAUUUAUGUGGAAAGACUCCUUUCUCUUGUAGGUCACAUUUUUUUAAAAAAAAAUGAAUGUUCCCUCAUUUAAUGCAGAGGGGAGGCAAGUCUUCAUCUUCCAAGGGUCAUGACUCUCCUGGAGCUCACUUCCUCAAGGCAGUGAAGCUAGAGAUUUUGAAUACUUGUAAGUAGAUACUUGGAAAGCAAGAGAACGGAAGGUAACUGUAGGCGAAUGGGAAUGCAGAGUUGAUGUGACAAUCAUAUCAGCCAUGAUCUAUCAAACAGUGGGUGAACGUUAGGUUUUGAGGGGCUAAGUGCCCUACUCGUGCUCCUUGUUCAUGUAUUUUUGAGUAGCAUUUUUGAAAAGAACAUUUUGCCUGGAGUGUAACAUAAUAGAUCUGAACAAGACACAAUAUGAAAAGGAUAGAAGGAGUCAGAUUUCUCCAGUAGUUCCUACAAAUACUCUUCCUCUUGCAUUUUAAAUUGAAAAUUUUAACAGAUUUAAAAGGAAUCUGAUCUGGUCUAGUCUUAUGAUUCUUCCUUCAGGACGUGCUUAGGCUAAUGUGCGAGAGUUCCCAGGUUCAUAUACGAGAUGAGCCCUGUUUAAAGUCAGAAUCACAGAUUUCCAUCACACUUUUUAACACUUUGGUCAUCGCAUUAUAUGGAAGGAUGUGGAAACUUUGGAAAGGGUGCAGAGAAGAUUUACCAGGAUGCUGCCUGCUUUGAAGAGCGUGUCUUAUGCGGAAAGGUUGAGUGAGCUGGGGCUUUUCUCUUUGGAGAGAAGAAGGAUGAGAGGUGAUUUGAUAAAUAUGUAUAAGAUAAGAGACAUUAAGUAGAAUGGAUAGCCAUGCCUUUUCUCCCAGGGUGGCAAUGGCCAAAGCGGGAGGACAUAAUUUCAAGCUAACGCAGGGAAGUAUGGGGGGGAUGUCAGAGGUAGUUUUUUUUUACACAGAGGGUGGUAAGUGCACAUAAUGCACUCCUGGGGGUUGUGGCAGAGUCAGAUACAUUAGAGGCGUUUAAGAGAUUCUUAGAUAGGCCCAUGAAUGUAAGGCUAUGUGGGAGGAAACAGAUUGAUCGUAGUAAAAAAAAUAAAAUAAAAACACAAAAUGCUGGCAGAACUCAGCAGGCCAGACAGCAUCUAUGGGAGGAGGUAAUAACGAUGUUUCGGGCCAAAACCCUUCAUCAGGAGUGAAGUAACAUGGGA